AUGCCCGUCAAGAAACACAUCAGGCCCGGCAAGAUUGAAGCCAGCCCUAACGGUGAUGCUUUGGUGGUAAACUUCACCUCUGAGGUCACUCACCUUGAUGAGGAUGGGAUGCCAAUCAGCGUGGAGAAGACGCAAGAGAAGCGUGAAGUCCCUGUUGGCCAAGCCAUGCGAGGACUCACAACAUCUGAGGACAUAAGAUCUUUGGCGCGAGAGAUUGUUGAGAAGUGCCGCUACAUACCUGAGAGUAAGACAUCUCAAGUGGAGAAGGAAAUGGCUGGAGUUCGCCAAGCACCUGGUGGAGUGUCAAGCAUUUGCCUUGGAUUGAAUGAUUCGGAGUUGAAGGCAGGUGCCAUCUCCUCCAAUGCCUUCGCGUCCAACACGUCCCAAAACAGUGGCAACUUCCUCACGGAGCGACCAAGUACAACACUUCUUGCACCUCCAGGUGGCCGAUCAACGAUUUGUCUUGGCGAAUAUCCUGAAGUGAAGCAACUGGUGCCACCAGUGGUGCCACCAGGUGGAAAGUCCAGCAUUUGCCUUGGCCUGGAUGGCAAAGAAGCCGCCCCCGUGUCCUCCAAUGCCUUUGCCUGUGGCAACAACCAGAAUUGUGGCAACGUGCUGACGAAUCGCCCUACGACUUUGCUGCACGCCCCUCCGGGGGGUCGUUCCACCAUCCGCUUGGGCCAUGAUCCAGCUGAAGCAGCUGAAGGCAAGUCGUCGAAGUCGGAGCCUCGCCCGGUUGGAGGAGAAGAUCAUCUGUCCCACUGGGGAGAAGUUCCACUGCGCACCACUGGGCAUCGAGUUCCUGCAGGAGGGAAGAGCACCAUCUGUCUCGGUGUUGAGAACGAGAACGUUACUGAGAGCCCUGCAGUUGCUGAAGCUUCUCAGCUCGAAUCCACAGAAGUUGCGGAUGAAGCUCCACUCACUCGCCGUGUUCCUGCUGGUGGCACUAGCACUGUUUGCCUGGGCACUGAUAUCAGUGAAUGGAUUCUCUCAUCCCGAGCCCUUGGUCAUUCCGGCACAAACCAUGAGGAGGCGUGCAAAGCGGAAGCCAAGCAGGAAACGGAAUCCGAGGACCUUGAGAAGGAAGAGAGCCUGGUGGAGAUUGAAGAGGCCAGCCCACAGCCUGAUCUCGAAGGUGUCAUUUUGGGAGUUGAGAAGAUCGAUGAGGACAAGACUGCGAUCAGCAAGUCAGUCCAGAGCGAGAUGAACAUGUUGCAGGUGCUGAACAAGCUCUACGCACUCCAAACUGAUGUGCAGUUCAAGGACUUUGCAGGUGCGACGAAGUCGUCCACAAAACGCACCACGGGUGGCGACUCCAACCGUGACGACGACCGUGCUCCGUCGCAGCUGGAAGAUCUGUUGCCCUUUGCCUCGAUGCAUAGCGUGGACGACUACAUCGAGGAAUUGUACGAGGAAGAUAUGGACAUGAAGGUCCAAGGCGCAAGAAAGCUCCUGCGCCUUUGUACAGAGGUGCCUGUUCUAGAGCAGUUGGCAGACCAUUCUACGCUGCUUGGAGUGUUGAGCAGAGAGCUGCGGGAAAACGCCAAGCGAAGCUAUGAGUUGGCAGUUGCCAUAACAGGCAUUUUCUUGAUCUUCGCGAAUUUCUCCGGCUUUCACGCAGCGCUUUCGAAGUAUCAGUGUGGUGAAGUCACCAUGCACAUCCUGGAGUACGAAACCAAGAGACGCCACGCCUUACAAAAGGACGCUGGCUGUCACGCUUUGCUGGAUCGACAGGAUCACCUGCUGCAGAUUUGCAUUCUGGUGCUCCGAGCAAUUUCAGAGGAAACCGCUCUGGAGUUGAAGUUUGUGAAGCACAACAUUUGCCAAAUGUUGCCUCCUUUGCUCAGUAGGCAACACGAGGACCUUCUCUUUAGCACGUUGAACGCACUUCACAAGCUCACGAUUUUUGAGCAAAACAAGGAUGUUUUGAUCGGCGAAAUGCCACGCUUUGUGGAGCUUUUGGGCCAUCCAGCCAAUGAGGUCUUCAGCAUGGCAUUGCGCCUGUGUUACAAUCUUUCCUUCGAUGCGAGAGGGCGAGCAGCUCUUGCUGAACAGAGCGCUGUUGUGCCUCGUCUGAUGCAUGCGGUGCAGCAUCAAAGUACUCACAAGGUGGCUCUGAAGUUACUGUACCACAUGACGCUAGAUCCACCCGUGAGGUCGUCUUUGAUUCGAACAUCGCCACAUCUUCCGUCUUUGGCGUUGCAGCUGGCCCGAAGCAAAGAGCAGGAGCCCGAAGCCGUCGCUCUGCUGGUGAACUUGGCAGCUGACGAGGCGGCAGCGUGCCUGAUCCUGGCGGAAGACAGCUUCAUGGCUGUGUCGUUGAAAGCUUUCAAGCACAAGAACAUCGGAAUGCUCAAGGUGACAGUUCUAGCCUGGAGCUCCAGUCUGGCAUUUCCCUUGACGCGAGAAUGGCAUGAUGUCCUGGUGGAGGUCUUGGGCAUUUUAGCAGCCCUGGACUGCCCCGAGGUGCCCUGGGUUGACCUGUGCGAAGCUGGACUGUUGGAGCCCCUGCCAAGGCUGCUGAUGGUGGGCUUCGCAGAAGACGAUGUGGUUUUGGAGGCGGUGAUGCUUCUGAGCCUCUUGGCUCUAGAUCCGCCCGCUGCGGCUCUACUUCCCAGCUCCAAGGUGAUUGGUCUAUUGCCGGACCUCCUGGCUGCAAAGUCUGGGGAUGCUGAUCUUCUGGUCCAACUGCUUUUCCUGGUUCAAUGCCUUCUAAUGCUGGAAGAGACGCGGGAUGUUCUCUUGCAAGAAACUGACGUUCCUCUUCACAUUAUGGACUUGGUGCGUUCUUCUUCCCAGUCAGAAGCCAUUGAGCUCUUAGACCUGAUCUUAGCGGUGGAGUCACGUGCCUACCACGAACCCCGGUGGACCCGCCGCAUCCAGGAGUGCAAAUUCAAGUUGCACAACCAAGAGUGGCUCGCUGCAUGCAACGGCCAGGAUCCAGAGCGAUCACCUUCCCUGGACGCGUCGAAGCGUUCCAUGAAUUCAGGCUGGGGCUCCACUGAGAUGCAAGAUUCUCGCAGAGAAGAGAAGAAAAGCAGACGCAAAAAGGGAAGGUGA